AUGAAUUGUGAUUUAAAUGUAUUGACAAUCAUUUUCAAAGAGAUUGAAAAUUAUCUAAUUCAAUUCUUCCUAAAUUCAAAUCGUAUAGAGAUGAAUGAUUUUGAAAGACAUCAAUGGUAUAUUGAUAAUGUAUUAAGUACAAAGUUAGAAAAACCAACCGAGUUAAGAUACUUUUAUACAAUUCUAUAUAAAGUAAAAACCCAACAAGAUAUUGACUACUCUUGCCAUUGUAUCAACGUAUACCCUGCAAGACAUCCAUUGUUUGAUAUCUUUAAAAAUCCACCAGAGUUCGGCUAUGGUUGUCCAAUAUGUAAACUAAAACAAAAAGUUUGUUCCGCCGUUGAUUCUGUUAGUCGUUCUGGGUAUACCCGUACUCAUACUUGUUAUUCCAUUCAUCAAUUAUGUAGAACUAGUGAUCCACCUUCUCAAGGCUAUUGA